AUGGGAGAGUUUGUCCCCAGGGAGGUCGAGAGGCAGGUGGGCGCCUGGCAGGACGAGGCCCGGGAGCAGCUUCGUCGCAUCCUCGAGCGACUUGACCGUUUGGAGGGGCGGCGCUCAGGGCAGACCGCAGAGGCGGUAGAGGUAGGACGUUGGGACCGGGGAGGUCGUUGGGGGAGGGGUGGACUGGACGGCGGGUGGCAGGACCGUGACAGUUGGUCACUAGCAGCCGUUCCAGUCUACCUACCAGGGCCUAGCACAGCAGAGCAGCAGCCGUUUAGCUCUUACGGCCUGCCAGCAGCAGCAGCAGCCGUUCGGAUCCCUUACGGCCUGCAGCAGCAGCCUUCUUGGCAGUACGGACAGGGGGGGUCCUCUUUCGGCCCCUACCAGGGCUCCUUCUUCCAGGGUCCCUCGUACUUUCCCCUUUUCUGGCGCACCUGCGCUAGCAAGCAGUUCUACCAGCAGCCUUUUUUGGGCCUUCUUUCCAGCAGCAGCAGUUUGGAGCACCCCUCCGGCAGCAGCAGUUUGGAGCACCUCCUCCGACCCCCCCACAGCCCCCCCUGCCACAGCAGCCUCCACAGGCGCUCUGUGCAGGAGGUGGCGGACAAGCUAACUAACGUGGCUGUCCACAACCUUUCGCGCAGGCAGUUGUCAGAGGAUGAGCUUGCAGGCCUCGCCCUUGGCCUCAAGUUCAUCCCGACACCACCCUCCUUAGACCAUGAGCAGCUGAGACAGGCGGUGGAGCAGUUUCAGAGGAGGGUCAGGCUGGCUUGGCAGUUCCGGGACAGUCGCAGACCAGUACCCAGGUUCAGAGUCCCACGUCCCAGCUGGCAGCCGAGUUCGGGACCAGAGGAGGUUGAGGAGUACCUGGCCGGGGUAGCUGACAGGGUAGAGGGUUUGUCGGAGCUGAUAGGGGGGCCAGCGCGGCCCAACGUGAGCAGGAGGGUGUUGGGCGCGCUGCAGAGGUUCAUAGACGACGGGGUGGUGGUUUGGACGGGGACACGGGAGCGGCUGCUGGAGUGGGUGGGGGCGUUUGGUGGGUUGGAGCAGACUAUUCGACUGACCCACGAGAUCUCCACCUCACAGUUCACCUUGCUGGAUAUCACGUUCAGCAAGGGAGAAGCUCUGGCAGAGCGACGGCUAUCUUGGACACCACGACCUUCCAGAAGCCGCUCACGUGUACCAGUACUUUCCUUUCUCCUCCGCGCACCCCUCUCACUGCAAGAGGGCUUCAUCUUGGGUGAGCUGCAGCGGUACAUUCUGAGGGAGUCCAGUUCUCGAGGGUUUAGGAGUAUCAGGUCGCCUUCUACGCUCGGCUGCGGGCGCGGGGGUACCAGACACUUUCUUGCAGCCGAUCUUCAGCAGCAGCUCCUACGCACGACGCCCGGAGCUUCUUGCCAGGUCACGGGCUCGGGGGGAGGGGGGGAGCAGGAGGCGCAGCAGCGGGUUCUCCCUCUUGUUCUCGACUUCCACCCGAGUGUGCAGCAGGUCCCGCUGGGGUAG